CUAAAGUAUAAAUAGCAGUUACAAAUCAGUAGUCCACCAAGUAAAGAAACUAGAGAAUUCUCAACAAUUUUAACCUCUUGAAUUCACUUAACAAUGGUGCUUGAGGCUACAAUGAUAUGUAUUGAUAAUUCUGAGUGGAUGCGUAAUGGUGAUUACCCGAGUAAUCGGCUUGAAGCUCAAUCUGAUGCUUGUAAAUUCAUUUGCUGUGCUCAAACUCAGUCAAACCCUAAGAAUGCAGUUGGAAUAUUGACCAUGGCUGGGAAAGGGGUUCGUGUAUUAGUUACACCUACCAGCCACCUACGGAAGAUGUUAGCUUUCAUGGACGGAUUAAAUAUCGGUGGUGAGGUGAAUUUGGCUGCUGGACUCCAGGUGGCACAGUUGGCGCUGAAGCAUCGGCAAAACCAAAAGCAGCAGCAGAGGAUCAUUCUUUUUGCUGGAAGCCCUGUUAAACAAGACAAGGAGGUCUUGGAGAUGAUUGGAAGAAAGUUGAAGCAUCAUAAUGUGGCUCUUGAUGUUGUUAGUUUUGGUGAAGAAGAUGCGGGGAAGGCUGAGAAGCUUGAGGCAUUAGUUGCUGCAGUCAACAACAGUGAUAACAGUCGCAUCAUUCAUAUUCCUCCUGGUGCUAGAGAUCUUUCUGAUGUGCUAUUUAGUUCUCCUCUCUUUGCUGGAAAUGGAUUUGCUGAAGCUAUUACUGCAGCUACAGUUGCUGCUAAGGCAUGGCCGGACUAUGAUUUUGGUGUUGAUUUUAACUUGGAUCCUGAUCUUGCUCUGGUACUUCGUGCCUCAAUGGAGGAGGAAAAGGCUAGACAAGAAGCAGCAGCUAAGAAGGCUGCAGAAGAAGCUGCAAAACAUGAAAAAGGAGAAGCCCAGUCAACUUCCCAGUAUGUUAUAAUGACUGAAAAUUUCAGUGCCAGAAGGUCUAAAACUGAAAACAAGGCAGCUGAUCUAAUGGAUGAUAAUGAUCUGUUACAACAAGCAAUUGCAAUGUCGAUGGAUGUUUCUUCCUCCAGCAUUGCUACAAGAGACAUGGAAGCAGAUUUUGAAGCUCUUGAAUUAUCUGUGCAGGACAGAUGUGACCGAAUGUUGGCCGAUCAAUCAUUCGUGUCAUCAUUUCUUGCUAAACUUACCCGGCUUCCAGGUGUUGAUCCGAAUAACACUACAGUUAAAGAUUACCUUGCUUCUAUGCGAGGCCAGCCUGAGCACAAGGGUGAGAACAAGGAACAACAGGAGGACAAAGAACAGAAAGAGGACAAGAAGUUAUGAUGCCCAAAUCUUAUUGUGUUCAUAUCAUAUGGAUGAUGUUCAAAUGGUAUAAUCAAGAAAUGGUAGUGCUCUUUUUGUGGAAAAGAAAUUAAACUAGUACUUGUUAGUUGUUACCCUUAGCCUUGUUUCUCAAUUUGAAAAAUUGUAUAUUGUACUGAGAAAAUGUCAAUUCUCCAACCUGUGUUUACUAUUUUCUCUCUUUUGAAAUAUUGCCAUUGCAUGAGGUAAUUUGAGUUUGGCUCUGUAUUUGAUCUCAUAUUUUUGUUGGUUUAUUAGAGUUGUAAAUAUAGAUGAUGUUUUUAGCGACCUUAUAAGUUGGUUAAACUGACUUAUACGUAACUUUUGACUUAUUUACA